AUGCAGGCGACCCAAGCUUCCAUUGCGGUGGGAUCCCAGGUUUGGGUUGAGGAUCCCGAUGUGGCCUGGAUUGAUGGGGAGGUCAUAAAAGUUCAUGGAGACACGGUCAUGAUCAAGUGUUCCAAUGAAAAGACGGUUACAGCAAAAGCAUCUGAUGUCCACGCUAAGGAUCCCGAGGAAUCACCAUGUGGUGUUGAUGACAUGACGAAACUUGCCUAUCUUCAUGAACCUGGGGUUCUUCAAAACUUGAAAUCUAGAUAUGACAUGAACGAAAUUUAUACGUAUACUGGGAGUAUUUUGAUUGCUGUAAAUCCUUUCCGAAGACUGCCUCAUUUGUACGAUAUUCAGAUGAUGGAACAAUAUAAAGGGGCAGAUUUUGGUGAAUUAAGUCCCCAUCCUUUUGCUGUUGCAGAUGUUGCAUAUAGAUUGAUGCUAAAUGAAGGAAUAAGUCAGUCCAUCCUUGUUAGUGGAGAAAGUGGUGCUGGUAAAACUGAAAGUACUAAAAUGAUCAUGCGUUAUCUUGCAUACAUGGGUGGGAAGGCUGCCUCAGAAGGGCGAACUGUGGAGAAGCAAGUUCUUCAGUCUAAUCCUGUUCUUGAAGCAUUUGGAAAUGCAAAGACUGUCCGAAAUAAUAAUUCAAGUCGCUUUGGUAAAUUUGUUGAGAUCCAGUUUGAUCAGAAAGGAAGAAUAUCAGGAGCUGCCGUCAGAACUUACCUUCUCGAGAGAUCACGUGUCUGUCAAAUAUCUGAUUCAGAGAGAAAUUACCAUUGUUUCUACAUGAUCUGUGCUGCCCCACCUGAGGAACUCGAGCGAUACAAACUAGGAGAUGCCAGUACAUUUCACUAUCUUAAUCAGUCCAAAUGCUAUAAGAUUGAAGGCCUAGAUGAAUCGAAGGAGUAUCUUGAAACUAGAAAGGCCAUGGAUAUUAUUGGAAUCAGUUCUCAAGAGCAGGAAGCAAUUUUCCGAGUUGUUGCUGCCAUUCUCCACUUGGGAAAUGUUGAGUUUGCAGAAGGGGAUGAUGUAGAUUCGUCGAAACCUAAAAAUGAAAAAUCAAUGUUUCAUUUAAGGACAGCGGCUGAGCUCUUCAUGUGUGAUGAGAAAGCAUUAGAGGAUUCACUGUGUAAACGUGUCAUUGUGACUCGUGACGAGAACAUAGUAAAAACUUUGGAUCCUGAGGCUGCCAAGGGUAGUAGAGAUGCACUUGCUAAGACUGUGUACUCACGGUUGUUUGAUUGGCUUGUGAAUAAGAUAAACAACUCUAUUGGCCAAGAUCCAAAUUCAAAAUGCUUAAUUGGAGUGCUUGAUAUCUACGGGUUUGAGAGCUUCAAGAUAAACAGCUUUGAGCAGUUCUGUAUCAACCUGACAAAUGAAAAACUGCAGCAGCACUUCAAUCAGCAUGUAUUUAAGAUGGAGCAGGAAGAGUACACCAAAGAAGAAAUUGACUGGAGUUAUAUUGAGUUCGUUGACAACCAGGAUAUUCUUGAUCUCAUAGAUAAGAAACCUGGUGGAAUUAUUGCCCUUCUGGAUGAAGCUUGUAUGUUGCCAAGAUCAACGCACGAGACAUUCGCCCAGAAGUUAUACCAGACUUUCAAAAAUCACAAGCGCUUUACAAAGCCGAAGUUAUCUCGGUCAGACUUUACAAUAUGUCAUUAUGCCGGAGAUGUGACCUAUCAAACAGAGCUAUUUUUGGAGAAGAAUAAGGAUUAUGUAGUUGCUGAGCAUCAAGCUCUCUUGGGCGCUUCAGGAUGUUCAUUUGUUUCAAGCCUUUUCCCUCUUCUCUCUGAGGACUCCUCAAAAUCGUCGAAGUUUUCUUCGAUUGGUUCCAGAUUCAAGCAACAAUUGCAAUCUCUCUUGGAAACAUUGAGUGCAACUGAGCCCCACUACAUCCGUUGUGUAAAGCCUAAUAGUUUAUUGAAGCCAGCAAUUUUUGAGAACCAGAAUGUUCUUCAGCAGCUGAGAUGCGGAGGAGUUAUGGAAGCAAUUAGGAUAAGCUGUGCUGGUUAUCCAACUAGAAGAACAUUCUACGAGUUCAUUGAUCGUUUUGGUCUUCUUGCACCUGGUGUUUUGAGUGGAAGUUCUGAUGAGAUUAUUGCUGUAAGAAGGCUGUUAGAGAAGGUAGAUCUGCAAGGUUAUCAGAUUGGCAAGACAAAAGUUUUUCUCCGUGCUGGUCAAAUGGCUGAACUUGAUGCUCGUAGAAAUGAAGUGUUAGGACGUUCAGCUAGCCUGAUUCAGAGGAAAAUCCGCUCGUUUUUGGCCAAAAAGAGUUUCAUUGCACUACGAAGAUCAGCUGUACAAAUUCAGGCGGUUUGUCGCGGAGAGAUUGCAAGAGGAGUUUAUCAGAGUCUCCGCAGAGAAGCUGCUUCUCUCAAGAUCCAGACUAGUUACCGCAUGCAUCAUGCAAGAAAGGCAUACACUGAACUUUAUGUUUCAGCGGUUACAAUUCAAUCAUGUUUACGUGGGUUGGCUGCACGUAAAGAGAUCCACUUCAGACGACAAACAAGAGCUGCUAUCAUUAUCCAGAGUCGAUGCCGUCAAUUCAUGGCGAGGUUGGAUUAUUCAAGAACAAAGAAAGCUGCUCUUACUACACAGUGCAUCUGGAGAGGGAAAGUUGCUAGAAAGGAGCUUCGUAAACUCAAAAUGGCUGCACGGGAAACUGGUGCUUUGCAAGCUGCCAAAAAUAAACUGGAAAAGCAAGUUGAAGAGCUUACGUGGCGGCUACAGUUGGAGAAGCGCAUGCGAGCUGAUCUUGAGGAAGCUAAAUCACAAGAGAAUGCAAAGUUGCAAGCCACCUUGCAAGAGGUGCAACAACAGUACAAAGAAACAAAAGACACACUAGUAAAGGAGAGGGAGGCGGCAAAAAAGGUUGCAGACAUAGCUCCAGUUAUUAAAGAGGUUCCUGUUGUAGACACAGAGCUGAUGAACAAGCUUAGAGAUGAAAAUGAUAAACUUAAGACUCUGGUCAGUUCUCUUGAAAAGAAGAUUGAUGACACUGAGAAGAAAUAUGACGAAACUAACAAACUCAGCGAGGAAAGACUAAAAAAGGCAAUGGAUGCUGAGUCAAAAAUUGAUGAUUUGAACAUGGCAAUGCUAAGGCUUCAAGAGAAAAUAUCCAACAUGGAAUGUGAUGAGAAAGUGCAAAGGCAAGCAUUGUUGACCACACCAGUAAGGAGCAUGUCUGAACAUUUGUCAAUUCCAAUUGCUCCAAAGAACCUGGAGAACGGCUAUCAUGAGGUUGAAGAACCGAAGGAACCCCAAAGUGCACCCCCUGCUAUUAAGGAUUAUGGCAAUGGAGAUCCUAAGUUGAGAAAAUCUUCUGUUGAGAAGCAACUGGAAAAUGUUGAUGCACUUAUUGACUGUGUAGCCAAAAACCUUGGCUAUUGUGAGGGGAAGCCAGUUGCUGCUUUUACCAUAUAUAAAUGUCUCCUUCACUGGAAAUCUUUUGAAGCGGAGAAGACCAGUGUUUUUGAUCGUCUUAUUCAGCUAAUAGGAUCUGCAAUAGAGAAUGAGGAGGAUAAUGACAACCUUGCUUACUGGCUCUCAAAUACGUCUAGCUUGCUUUUCCUUCUACAAAGAAGUCUCAAAGCUGCCGGUGCACCUGGGAGUGUUUCACGAAAAAAACCUCCUCAGCCGACAUCACUGUUUGGUAGAAUGGCUCAAGGCCUGCGCUCUGCAUCUUUUGCCAACAUGCAUGUUGAGGCUACUGAUGUCGUCCGCCAAGUUGAGGCCAAGUAUCCUGCCUUACUUUUCAAGCAGCAGUUAACUGCUUAUGUGGAGAAGAUAUAUGGAAUCAUCCGAGACAAUAUUAAAAAGGAAUUGUCAUCUUUGAUUUCUCUAUGCAUACAGGCUCCAAGAACAAUGAAAGCUAGCAUGCUGCGAAUGUCUGGAAGGUCAUCUGGUCAACCUCAGAGUAACCAUUGGCAGAAAAUUAUCGAGAACCUGGAUGUCCUUCUAAGGAUUCUACAAGAUAACCAUGUACCUCCAGUUUUGGCUCAGAAAAUUUUUACCCAGAUAUUCUCAUACAUUAAUGUACAGCUAUUCAAUAGUCUACUCCUUCGGCGUGAGUGUUGCUCCUUCAGCAAUGGAGAGUAUGUCAAAGCUGGUCUAGCUGAGUUGGAAUUGUGGUGUGCAAAGGCAACUGCUGAGUAUGCAGCAUCGUCAUGGGAUGAAAUCAGGCAUAUCAGACAGGCUGUGGGCUUUUUGGUUAUAUUCCAAAAGUUCAGAAUAUCUUAUGAUGAGAUAGUCCAUGACCUAUGUCCGAUCUUGAGCGUCCAACAGCUAUACAGAAUUUGUACACAAUACUGGGAUGACAAGUACAACACGCAAAGUGUAUCAUCAGAUGUUCUUAGUAACAUGCGGGUCCUAAUGACAGAGGACUCCAACAAUGCAGAAAGUAGUUCAUUUCUGUUGGACGAUAAUUCGAGCAUUCCAUUCUCAGUUGAGGAUAUCACCAACACAAUACUGGAGAAGGACUUCUCAGAUGUCAAACCAGCUGAGGAGCUACUCGAGAAUCCCGCCUUCCAGUUUUUACAGGAUUAGGGCUGUGAAAUCUCGAGCUUUAUACUGCUAGAUACCUCACUAGAUUAUUUCUUGAUUUGUUGUACAUUUUUUUGCAUACCCUUCGUUCCAUGCAUGCCUUGUUUGGGUUUUCAUUCUCUUUUUCACCAGCUAUAUAGGUAGUCAUUAGGGUUGGGAUGGGAUUCCUCCCUUAUUACUAGAAAAAGCCACACCUUUUAAAGCAAGGCAGAUCAUUCUUUGUAGGGUAUAUUUCAAAUCAGUCUUUUACCUAGGGGUCGUAGGGAGAGGCAAUGUCUUAGUAGCCUUACCCCCCAGUUAUAGAUUGUACAAAUUUACAGUGUAAAUCAACAGUGCAAGAAGAAAGAAAUCUAUAUACCAAAUGUUCGUGACAUA